AUGAAUUCCAACUUUUCAAAUUCAUCAACACCGACGCCUCAAGGAACCAGUCCAAGUCAGAAUCCUGCUAACUCCUUAUUUCUUCCAUCUCAGCCUUUACUUCACCCAAAUGUUCAUACUGGAGUCAAUUAUCCUCCUUCCUAUGUUCCUGCUUCACCGCCUUGGAUUCCUCCAUGCAUCAAUCCAUAUACCAACAAUAUUUACCCAGUCCCAUACCCCUACAACCUAAAUCCUUACUAUCCAGCCUUAGUAAACCCUCUUUAUAAUCCCAUUCCUGUUGGCUUAGGCCCUCCUGCAUUUCCAGGUCUAAUCCUAAACCCUCGCCCUCCUGUGCUCCUGAAUGGUCCUCCAUCAGCUUAUAAUCCUCUUCUUCCUUUAAAGCGUUCUCGAGAAGUAGUAAACUUUGACGACGAUGAAGAACUUGAAACCUCUCAGACUCCAUCAGAAGAAGUCAAAGCUGAAGAAGCUCCUCUUAUAGCUUCCCUCAAUUUUCUAUUCAAUUAUAUAGAGCUAAAAAACGCAGCCCAAGAAGUCCCAUGUACUCUUUCACUUCAAGGUAUGGACAUUUCACUUGAUGAGAUCCAGAAAAACCGUCAAGGGAUAGACCUAGUCUGUGUCAUUGAUAUCAGUGGAAGUAUGGUCGGAGAAAAAAUACAGCUUGUAAAGGAGACUUUGGAGUUUCUGCUUACGGUUUUAGAUAGGAGAGAUAGGAUGAGUUUAUGUGUUUUUAAUAAUUCUGGAAAGAGAUUGACAAAAUUAGUAACCCUUAAUGAUAAAGGGAAAUCUAUACACAACUCUAGAUGAAUAAGAUAUAGAUUUAGUAGUCUUGAAAUUUUUGUAUAGGAAAAUAUCCAUAUUAUUAUUUAUAUAUGGGCUUGUUUUUUAUUAUAAAUAGAGUAAUUUCAAAAGCACUUCGAAGAAUUCAGGCUGUUGGAGGGACUAAUAUAGCUUCUGGAAUGCAGCUUGCAUAUAAUGUGCUGAAUAGUCGAAGAUUUAUAAACCAUAUCACUUCUAUCUUUCUUCUAACAGAUGGACUUGACAACACAAAUCCCGCUGCCUCAAUUACAAUUAAAGGACUUUCUGAUUCUUUUCAGAUUAAAAGCCCUACAAUUAUCCAUACUUUUGGUUAUGGAAGAGACCACGAUGCUUUGCUAAUGCAAGAUAUUGCAAAAAAUAGCAAAGGGAAUUUCUAUUUCGUAGAAUUCCCUAAAAGUAUUCCAGAUGCUUUUGCAAACUGCCUUGGAGAGCUUGUGUCACUUAUAGCAAACAAUAUAACGGUAAAGCUUGAAACCCAGGCUUGUGCUGUCCCAUUUACCCUUUCCAAAGUUUUUUCAGAAAAUGGUGAUAGGGACUUUACAAUGCCUCCAGUUUUUGCAGGUAGCAAAAAAGAUACUGUAUUUAUGCUGAGAUUUGAUUCAAAUGAAGCAAAAAUUAAUGCAACAAUUCGUCCAAUAAAGGCAAAAAUAAGUUAUGAAACCAAAAAUAAAGAAAAACGGUAUUUAGAAUGCGAAUUAGAAGUAAAUGUAUUAUUUUGCCUUAAUUUUUUGAAAAAAUAAAAAUUUAAGCCAUUUAUUAGACAAAUUUAGGUUUUUUAGUAUAUAGCACACCCCCUGUGGUUUCUCGCCAUUAAGUACCCCCUCCCCAUGUCACCCACCCCGUGACGGUCCUGAAAAUUUUAAAUGUUAAAAUAUUAUUUGACAAGUCCCCUCAAAUAUUUUAACUUGUCAAAUUAAUAUUUAGCAUGUUAAAAUACUUGGGAUCGUUAGAGGGUGGGUAACAUGGGGAGGGGGUGCUCAAGGCCGAUCCAAACUGGGGUGUAAGCUAUAGUUACGGAUGGAAAAGAUGAAAUUGAAAUCAAUGAAGACGUAAUGGUCAAUUUUUAUAGAGCCAAAGGGGCAGAAAUUUUAAGGGCUAUUUCAAGACUCGCUGAAGAAAGAAGACUGGAUGAAGCCAAAAGAUUAGCAGAAGCUGGUGCUCAGGAACUAAAAAACUCUAUUGUAAAGCAAAACCCAGUGAUCGCUGCGCUUAUUAAAGAUUUAGAUGACGCAAAAGCGAGGGUCGCUUCAACUCAAGCUUGGGAAAUGGGAGGAAGAGCACAGGUGGUGUCUCUAUUUGGAAAUUAUCAAAACCAAAAUGCAGCAAGCAACACAAUGGUGUUUCAAAAUUGUCAGCAGGCAGCUUUUUCUUCUCAAGCUUCAAGUUAUUUUACUACUUUUAUAAAUAAAUGCUAAAAAAUUUUAUAAAAAUAAUUAUAAAUGGUUUAUUUUUUUUUUAAAAAAAAUAAUAAUCAGAAGAGUUGGUAAACGCUAA